AUUUAAUUUGUUUAUUUGCUUAAAGUAGUCCUAAAUAGAAUUGACACGAUUCGAAAAUUUUCGGCCAGACGGCGACUGAAAUUGCAAGUUACUGUGAUAUAUUUAUUUUCAAUAAUUAACUUUUCUUAUCAAGCAAUUAAAUGAUCAGGGAUAUCGAGUUAUGUCUAUAAGUAAUGGAAGGUACAGAACUGGGUGGCGACCAGCAAUUCUGUUUGAGAUGGAACAAUUUUCAAGCGAAUAUAACAUCUCAAUUCGAGGCACUGCGCGAUGAUGAGGAUUUCGUGGAUGUCACCCUGGCAUGCGAGGGACACAGGCUGGAGGCCCAUAAAGUGGUUUUGUCGGCGUGUAGUCCUUAUUUCAAGGAAUUAUUUAAAAAUAAUCCAUGUCCUCAUCCGAUAAUAUUUAUGCGCGAUUGCGAGGUAUCCCAUGUACGCGCAUUACUCCAGUUUAUGUACGUGGGACAAGUAAACAUUGCCCAGGCACAACUCAGCGCAUUCUUGCGGACUGCCGACGCUUUACAAAUUCGCGGCCUCACAGACUGCUCACAACACAACGACAAAAAAGCAAAUCGAAAGUCUCCCCCUUCCCAAUUACGUAAUUUGCUCAGCGCCAAGCCUUCACAUUCUACCUCCUCCUCCAAAGCCGCAAGCCAAAAUGUGGAAUCGACCUCUGCCGAUGACCAAGAAAAGAGCGGAAAUCGCCCUUCUGCAAGGAAUUCUCCUGAAGUGCCCAGAAAUAAUCUCAGCGAAGAUGCUCCCUUUCAAAGUUCUAGUCAAAUGAGGCCUAAUAAUGAUGACUAUAGCCAAACUUGUAACUACCCUGCUUUGCGGGUAAAAACUGAUCUCGAAGCUACAGAUGUGAAUAAUGAAGAAAAUGAUAUUCUUAUGGAUCCUGGUGACGCGGAGAAAGAAAGCAAGUGUCAAGAUUUUAGCGCGACGGAUCUGUUAGAACCAAAAAUGGAAGUCCUAGAACAAGAAGCCAGUGAUGAAGAACGAUCGGGCUUUCAGCAAUUAUAUUAUAGCGAAAACAAUACUCUCGCAAAUCCUUUCGCCACUCUUCAAGGUAGUAUGGAUCUCAUGACUGGGAUGAACGCGGAGCUGAACGAGAACGCCGAAGGUAAAUAUAUUUUGUUUAUAUAAUUCACUCUUUUCACACGCACAAGUCGACUCGGACAGCCGCGCCCCCGGCGAACCUCUUAUCACUGAUAAACGGCGUAGAAGAGAGCGCGCGAUUUCGUUU